UCCUUGUGUGUUUGCUGAGUUUGUUAGCAUCACUUUACCACCUUCAUUGAGGGGCCACAGGGGAUAAUCGGUAGUGGGAUAGUGGUUGGACGACCCCUCUUCCCCUGUAACGCUAGGAUGCAGGUUGUAAGUGCAGAGACAAGGCGUUCAGCUGUAGGAAUUCCCUGUGAUGAGGAGAUGACAGACUGUAAUGUCACCCUUACUCCCCUUGUCUGCCUGUGUAACCAAUUCACUAAUACUAUGACGGGGGGCCAGAUAAAAGCACACUUUCAAUAUGGUUGAGGAGGAAGUUCGAGCAAUCCAUGACAAUGUCGGCAAGGAAUCGUAGGAUCCCCAAGAAGUUCCUGCAUGGGGAUGACACUAUCUGGAAGACUAGAGCCGUCCAGGCACAGAGAAAACUGAGGAGGCUGGAAAAGGAGAAAAGGAAGGAGGAAAAGCCAGCGGAGGGAGCGGACAAGGGAGCGGUACCUGUGGUGGGGCAUGCAGAUAAGGUGAUGACUGCUGUAGGAUACAAGGCAGCAGAGGUAAGAGGCAGAGUGUGCGGUAGGGAGGCGGACAUGGAGCAGGGUAAGGAGCGCAUGCAGGGAGGUGCAGACAGCGACGCCCCACUAUUCUCAGAUGCGAAAAGCAGCUCAGGCAUCCCAGAGAUAUUCAGAGGAGAGUUGGGCCCAUUAUCACUGGAUAUUCCACUGGGACAGGGUAUGGGCACGGCAAAGAUUCCUUCCCCUGGGGUUAACGUGCAGGGCGACAUGCAGCCUAACAGUUAGGGAGGGGCGCGGUCGUGUCACGCAGGCGUCGGGGGGGGCGGGGCACCAAGAGCGAUCCCGGCAUCUUCAAGCCCCAGUAGUAAGUGCGAGUCAGGGGCAGGGAAUGUCGCGAGAUUCCAGCGGCUAUCUUUAAGCCCCGGUAACAGGGGUGAGCAGUUGCGGCCAUAUUGGAAGCCCAGUACGGGCCACAAGGGGUCUGACGGGGAGCAGCCCGCACACAGGCCUGCAUACAAGAAAGCAAGGGCAGACAGUGCGAAAAAGGGCACAAUGCAUGGAAAGGAGGUGGAAGGAGAGUCCCCAGAUGCAAAAAGAGGUGGAAAUCGGACGGCAACGGGAGAUGGAGGAGAAGCAAAAGGCAAAGUGGGAGAAAGUAAAGGGCUGAAGCAAGGAUGUGUUGAAAUCUCAAGGACACUUUAAACAAUGUUUAUUGCCUAUAAAGACAUAUGCAUUUCCUUGUUGCACAACCUGUCCUUGGACUACAAUUCCCAGCAUGCCCCACUGGAGGUGACAGAGGGCACAUACUGAGCCAUACCUGUUAAUCCAGGUGAGCGGCAGACAUAAGAAGGUGUGUGCCAAGUGAAUAAUUUACACCGGGUAAGAGAUCUUAUAACCUGCAGUGUUAUAAAGGACAGCCAGGUUUAAUGAGGAACUAAUGGACAUUUUGUUUUUGAUCAAUUCCAAAUCUGAUUCUGUACAGAUCAUCUCACAACCAGUUUCUUUGACCAGAGCAAUGUAUGUGGCACAGGAGCUGUGACGGAUAAUAACCAGCGUGUUCUUAGGAUACCGCCGGAUAAUAACCAGCGUGUUCUUAGGAUACCGCCGGAUAAUAACUAGCGUGUUCUUAGGAUACCGCCAAAUAAUAACCAGCGUGUUCUUAGGAUACCGCCGGAUAAUAACCAGCGUGUUCUUAGGAUACCGCAGCCUACUCUAUGCCAGGAAGGAUGCAAAACAUAACAGGAUCCAGCGCUUCGGAGGACGAUCCCUUUGACUUCCUUUUUAAGAUUAUUCUCAUUGGAGACUCAAAUGUUGGUAAAACUUGCGUGGUUCAUCGGUUUCAUUCUGGGAAUUUCUCUGAUAAACAACAAAACACUAUCGGGGUGGAUUUCACUGUAAGGUCUCUGAAUAUUGAAGGGAAGAAAGUGAAGGUGCAGGUGUGGGACACAGCUGGUCAGGAAAGAUUCCGCACAAUUACUCAGAGUUACUAUCGCAGCGCACAUGGAGCCAUCAUCGCUUAUGAUAUAACUCGGCGUCAGACAUUUGAAUCUAUUCCUCACUGGAUCCAUGAAGCAGAGAAAUAUGGAGCAGCCAAUUUGAUGCUGAUGUUGAUUGGAAAUAAAUCAGAUCUCUUGGAAAAGAGGCAGGUCUUGUUUGAAGAAGCGUGCACACUUGCGGAGAAGCACGGGCUAUUAGCUGUCCUGGAAACUUCUGCGAAAGAAUCUCACAAUGUCGAAGAAGUGUUUUUGCUGAUGGCUAAAGAACUUAUUGCACGAAACACUCUCAACUUUCACUCCGAAAAUCCACGCAACAGUUUUAUGCUGGAAUCCCAUCCUAUCAUUGCUCCCCCGGCAGAGAAGAACUGUCAGUGCUGAGACAGUAACCAAAACCAAUUCCCAGCCACUGCCUGACAAAGCUAUUAUAUUCUUGUGAGAUUUACCAGCCUAUAACUUCCCGUCUGACCUUACAAUUGGCCAAAGAGGGAAACUCUUGUUCUUUUGCAUGAUUUGCUGUUGUUCCAUAGAUAACACCUACUACAGAAAAUGUUAUGAUCUUACUCAUGGACUUGGAAAACACAACAUCUGAAAAAAUAGGAAAAAAUGGCUUUGUGUGAGACUGAUAUCUCUUUUACUUUAAGUUUUCAGUCUUGCAAAAAAGAGGCACAUUUCCAGGACAAUGUGGGACAAGAGGAUUUGUUUUUAAAAGAGAUGUCCCUGCUAAAGUGGGACAGUUGGGAAGCCUAACCUGUAAUAUUGGAAGAUUUACACACAUGGACAAUGGUAAUCUAAUUUAUUUACAGCCUUAUAAUAUAAGUAGAUCUUAUGCCACAAUAGAAGCAUUUCUUUGUAAUUGUAUAGGACACAAAUUGUGAGUGGCAUUUAUACAUAUAUGUAAAGUAUGUAUAUUGGGAAAUAUGACUAAUAGGCAUUCAAAAGAGAAAAGAAUGUGGUUUAGAAUUUUUACUCUGGCUCGAUACACCACAUACACUGGAUUCCUACAGAUCGUGAGUGUAAUUUUUAUGUAUUUUCUUAAAACUCCAUGAAGGGCAUUGAUACACACCAAAUAGAUUAAAGGGAUAUGAAACCCAUUUUUUUUAUUUCAUGAUUCAGAUAGAGCAACAAUUUGAAGUAACUUUCUAAUUUACUCCUAUUAUCAAUUUGUCUUCGUUUUCUUGGAGAAAAGUAGAAAGUUGCUUAAAAUUGCAUGCUCAGUCUAUCUGAAUCAUGAUAGAAAAAAAAUUGGGUUUCAUAUCCCUUUAAGAGAGUGUUUGUUUACAUCCUCAGUGAGCAAUCUUUCAAUAAAUAAUUGUAUUUAAAUACCUUUAACUACUGCACUAUAAUUAAUUGUCUACAACACAUCCAGCACAUUGCCAAGAAUGUUAACAACGUUGUGAGGCAUGCACAAAAUAUUACAACGUUCUAUAACAUUAUACCUCAUUUAAAUAAUCUUAUUCUGAUAUAUGAUCUUAUGAUAGAUACAUUGCUGUUGUAAACACAUCCAAAGUUUGUAAAGGCCACGUGCCAGAGAUAUUUGCAUUGAAUACAAUGGGGAAUGUUGCAUGAAAAAAAUGUCACUAAACCAGUUCUACUGCAUGCAACAUUUAAAAUAAUAAUAAUAAUAAAUAAUAUAUAUACUAUAUAUAUAUAUUUAUAUAUUUAUAUAUAUAUAUAAACACACAUAUAUAAACAGGAUUUGCAGAUUUAUUAAAUUUAAUUUAACAGUUUUGACCACUUGAAAACUCUUUGUGGCCUUUUUUUUAGAGCUGUUUUAUUAUUAUUAUUAUUAUUAUUAUUAUUAUUUUAUAUUUACAUUUAAGGCAUACCCCAUAUAUCUGGAAACUUUUUUUUUUUUAAAUAAUUAAAAAUAAAUCUCAUCACGUUUAAAGUAAGAACUGUGUACUCAAAUUAUAUACUAUCAUAAGAAUGUUCCUUUACAAGUACAGUGUUGGAUGUUUUAGGAUGUUAAUUGUAAAAUAAAACGAUUGAUUAUUGUA